CGUCCUCCGGAAACGUGAACGUGCAGGCGGCCGGGAUACGUCAUGGCGGCCAGGCGCCUCUUAGGUGCUACGUGGAGCUCGGCCGGCUGGCGGGUUCGGGAGCUCCCGGACCCCGCCGCUUCUGUAAGACUCCAUGUACGAGAUUAUGCCAAGAGACCGGUCAUUAAGGGGGGCAAAGGUGCUGUGGUCGGUGAGGCCCUGAAGGACCCAGAGGUGUGUACAGACCCCAUCCGGCUCACCACGCACGCCAUGGGUGUCAACAUCUACAAGGAGGGCCAGGAUGUGGUCCUGAAGCCGGAUUCCGAGUACCCAGAGUGGCUGUUCCAGAUGAACGUGGGUCCCCCUAAGAAUCUGGAGGAGCUGGACCCUGAGACCCGGGAGUACUGGCGGCUGCUGCGGAAACACAACAUCUGGCGCCACAACCGGCUGAGCAAGAACCAGAAGUUCUAGCGGGAGAGGGACCAGAGCACCCUGACCCUCCAGUGACCUGGAGGAGAUGCGGUGGGUCGGUGGGGGGGUACCUCCCCCAGCCCACCCCCUGGACUUUUUAUUUUCUGGAAAAACAGACUUCUUCGAGAACAGAGGAGACUACCACCCUCACUGGGGUUACUGGGUGGCCCCUGCAUUGAAGCUGGAUCAGGGCCCUGGGGGCCAAUAAAGACUUCUUGGGGCAA